AUCUCGAAGUCCACGACCAGUUGCUACAGCCUGUUCCUCCUAUUUUACAGGCUUUCCUAAGGUUCACCCUUUUUCAUCCCUGGCCACCAUGGCGCCUGUUACAGAGGCUAAGGGAAGUCCAACCCCGCGUGUCCAGAAGGCCCGUGUUUUGCGCCAACUUGCAAAGAAACAGGCUUUUGGUCAGCUGGUUAAAUCAUGUGAACUUCACCCAGAUGUCAGUCAACAACCCACGUGCCCCGCUGCAAAGAAAUGGAACUGUUGUGGAGAGACGUUUGACAGCAUGGCAGACAUUUGCAAACACGUUUCACUUCACCAUCACAACAAAGUGGAAGAAGAAGCUACCAAACUUCUUUCUUCUCUUCACAUGAGUGACAUAGAAAUCACCGAACAGCCAAGAACUUCGGAUUUAGUAGAAGACAUGUCAAAAGACUCAAAGAAACAGAAAUCUGAAGAAGGGAAUAAGUCACAGGAGUCAGAAGAAGUGGCAUGGUUGCCAGAUGUUUCUAACGUGGAUUUAGGAGACCCAAACGAUGAGAGAAGUGGUCUGGUGACUCUGUUCUAUAAGUACUGUGAAGUGGAGAGGCCAGAGGAGUUAGAAGUCUGGCAGAGAGACUUGUGUACGAGGCUGAAACUUACUGGAAAGGUGCGAGUGUCGACUGAAGGUAUCAACGCUACCGUGGGUGGGUCCAGUCAGGCUGUUCACCUCUACAUCCAGGCUGUCAGGGAACAUCCACUCUUCUGUCACAUGACUACUCAGGAAUUCAAGUUGAGUCCUGGUAGUGCCAGACAUUUCCAUGGAGGUUUGAAGGUUGGAGUGUACCAAGAGCUGGUGCCGAUGGGGGUGGACCCUGCCUGUGCCAGUUACAAAGAAGCAGGAGUCCAUCUGAGUGUUGAUGAGUUCCAUGAGAGGUUGGAGAGACACCUGCAGACUGAAGAUGACAAGGACAGGACUGUGUUCGUGGACUGUAGGAACUUUUACGAGAGUAGAAUUGGUCACUUUCUGGGCGCUGUGGCUCCAGACAUCCGGAAGUUCAGCUACUGGCCAGAGUAUGUGGAUAAAAACACAGAGUUCUUCCAGGACAAAACUGUGGUCAUGUUCUGUACUGGAGGGAUACGGUGUGAGAAGGGGUCUGCUUACCUCAAGUCAAAGGGAGUAUGCAAAGAUGUACUUCAACUUGAAGGAGGUAUCCACAAGUACAUGGAGAAAUACCCCAAUGGGUACUUCAGGGGGAAGCUCUUUGUCUUUGAUGAUCGCUACGCUAUACCGGCCAACAGUGACAUUGUUGGAAGAUGUUUCUACUGUAAAGAGGCGUGGGAUGAGUACAAGCCCUGCAGUAGUGCCCACUGCCAUCAGCUGGUUCUGUCAUGUGACAGGUGCACUGCAGCUGGUUGGACCACCUGCUGCAGGGACUGUCAGCUGCAGGCAGCCGGGGCCUCGGCACGGGGUGUCCGCUGCAGGGAGGAGUGUGCCUGCACGAAAGGACGUCGCAGAAUCCCAGUGGAAGUUUGACCCCAAAUUCUGGAGAUAGUUGCAGAUGUGGAGACUUGAAAAUGGCUAAUAUGUCUUGUAGCCAAAUGGAAAUAUCAUCUAAGUGACACUGAUUGCUUUAAACUUGGAAAGUAUGUACAUGUAGUAUGUUCUUGUAAAUCUCCUGCUGUAAAGAAUACCAAUCACAACACAUACUAUUACUAUGUUGCAAUAUCAUUAGAUAUAUUUCUUUAUGCUUGUACAGUGUACAUGUAUCUCUAGUAUUGUUAUUCUUGCUUGGAUUAAAUUUUCAUGCAAUUUUUCAUA